UGGUUUUUUAAAUGGCAUUGAAAGUAUUCAUUUUUCUCAUUUUCAAUCAAUAAGUGAAAUAAUAAUAUUUUUGUUAAAUAAUAUUAAUUAAAAUUUUCAAAUUAAUCAACAGAUCAAAAAAAUAUUGUUAAAAUAUAAAAAAUGAGUCCAAUUGCAUAUCUAACAAGAAAAGAGUCCAUUUCUUGUGCUCAUCGCCUCCACAGUCCACAUUUGACUGAUGAAGAAAAUCAAUCUAUUUAUGGAAAAUGCAAUAACUUAUGGGGACAUGGCCACAAUUACACUGUUGAAGUAACAGUACGAGGACCAGUUAAUCCAACUACAGGAAUGGUUAUGAAUAUUACUGACCUCAAAUGUUACAUGAAAAAGGUAUUGAUGGAACAAUUAGACCAUAAAAAUCUUGACCAAGAUGUUCCAUACUUUAAAACAACUGUUAGUACAACUGAAAAUUUAGCUAUUUACAUUUUCGAUGAGUUAAAAACACUAAUGCCUGAUCCUAGUUUACUUUAUGAGGUCAAAGUUUUUGAAACUGAUAAAAAUACUGUUUCAUAUCGUGGAAAUGAUAGUAUUUUUCUUCGUUCAACAUAAUGAAUGGUAAUCUAGGAGAUAUAAAAGAGAAAAAUUAAUUUUUAACAUGAUUUUAAAAUAUUUUUUUAAAUAAAGAAGUUUAAGAAUUCUUAUUAUUUAAAACAUUUGAGCGGAAGCAUUGAUAAUACAUGGUGGUGUAAAUUUCACAAACUUGAUAGUAUUUUUUAUAUUGAUAUAUGUGGAAGAAAUUGUGAUAAGAAUUCCUAUUAUAACAACAAAAUAACCGAACCAGUUCAUCAAUUG